CCAUCUCUCUCUCUCAAAUUGAAUAAAUACACAUUUUCUUGUCACCUCUCAACACCAAUCCACCAAACGCAAUGCCCACCAAAUUAAAUAGCUUCGUCUUCAUCUUUGCCACUCUCCUCCUCCUCACACUCGAACUCUCCCACACUCUCGCGACCCGACCCGACUCAUCAUCCAAGAAAGGCAACGGAGGCUACUAUGGACCCGGGUCGGAGCCCGGGUUUUCGAUACCGGGGUUCGGGAGCGGGUGGGGAAACGGGAUAAUCGGCGGCGGAUAUGGUGGAGGAUACGGCGGACCGAAGGGAGGGUACGGGAAAGGCGGAGUGGUGAGGCCGAAGGUGGUGUGUAAGGAGAAAGGACCAUGUUUCAUGAAGACGUUGCAGUGUCCGGCCAAGUGUUUCAAGUCUUUCAGCCGCUCCGGCAAGGGCUACGGCGGCGGCGGAGGCGGAGGCGGUUGCACCAUCGACUGUAAGAGCAAGUGCAUCGCUUAUUGUUGAAUAAUAUUUAAUAUUAUGAUAUAAAAGUCUCUCUCUCUACAUAUAUAUAUAUAUAUGUGUGUUUAUGUGUUAUGGUGUUUAUUUCUAUCAACUCGAUAUCAACCAACUUUGUUCUCUCUCUCUCUCUUUGUAUGAUCUAUAGCAGUGGCGACUUGAAUAAAUGAAAUAUCAUAUGUUUAUGUGGUUA